UAUUGAAGAAGCAAAUACUUAUGGGAUAUGAAUUAUUCAGUUUUUUUCGUGGGAUAUGAAAUCACCACAUCCUGACAAAUGUUUAAAAAUCUUCAAAUGAUUUAGAACAUAUCAGAGAAAACUUUAAAAAGUGGAAUAAUUCAUCUACAUAAUUCACAAUGGCUUGGAAACAUAGACCAUUGAAUGAUUCAGUAUCAAAUGCCUCUGAUGAGAUACAUGACUUUUCUUGUUCUGUAUGUAAAGAUGACAAUUUAAACAUCCAGGCAAAACAUUUUUGUGGGGACUGCUCGAAUUAUUACUGUGACGAGUGUCUGAAAUUCCAUGCCAAAAUACAUAAGCCCCAUGUUGUGUUUGGUCGCAAGGAUGUGGACAAGUGGGUGGUGCAAGGUGAUGCCCUGGUUACGUGUGACCUUCACCCUCCGACGGUCUUGGAACUGCUGUGUGAGGAUCACGCUGAGCUCUGUUGUCACCUCUGUGUGUCACUUAACCACAGGAUGUGCAAAAGAGUCGACUUGAUAUCUGACCUGGCCAAGGGCAUACAUAAGAUGGCUGACUUCAAGCAGCUUCCAGCCAAUGUUACCAAGGUAACAGCCAGCCUCAACCAGGUGAGCGAGGCCAGAAAGAAGAAUAAAAAUUCCCUUAAGAUCUCACGCAAGUCCAUGCUGACAAAGAUCAAGUCCUUAAGGUCUUCACUGAACGAGCUGCUAGAUGAGCUGGAAAAGAGGACAGUGGAACAGAUGGACAGUGUCCUGGCUGGUAUAGAUUGGUCACUUCAGAAAGAUAUUGACCACUGUGACCUCUUACAUGACCAACUUAAGGCCUUACUGGACUCUGUUCAAGCCCACGACAAGGAGUCCAGAUCCUUUAUUGGCUACAGGAAAUGCAAGGACAAGAUGGCAGAGGGCAAUAGACUACUCCGGGAGAUGAACACUAAACAAAAGGCAACUAUCACUUUCCAGCCUGACACACGCGCUCAACAUUUGCUGUCUGACAUCAAGACACUAGGAAACAUCAAAGGGCAUCCUGAUCCAGACUUCGAACAAUCAUCUGGGCAAAUCAAACAGUCCUCUAAUAAACCCGAGGUUUUCAAGGUGAAACAGAAGAAAACAUAUGCAAUGAAUAUAAAGAACGACAAACAGGUUUGUUGUAUUGAUUGUAUUACAGAACUUCCAGGAGGAGAGAUUGUUCUGGUUGACAAUAUCAAUUGCAGAGUAAAGGUGCUAGACAGCGAAUACAAAGUGACAGCCCACUGUGACCUCCCUGAGUUUCCACAGGACAUAUGCAACAUCUCAGACCAUGAAGUGGCUGUAGCUUUUGAAAUCGGGACUGACAGGAAUGAGGUAUACUUUCUCACCGUGUCAGCUGACAACAUCAAGAUGACCAGGAAGUUCUCAGUAGAUCAUUCAUGUAACGCAAUCAAGCACCAUGAGGGCGAGCUGUAUGUGGGUACCGCCACUGCACUGUACCUAUAUACAAUGACAGGGAGGCUGGAACGGAAGGUAUAUGAAGACACAUCUGGCGAAGUUACAGUGAACGGCUUUGACUUGAGCUCAGAUGGCAUGAAGUUAUAUAUACCAGUCUCCAGCUACAAUAAGGUUAAUAUUAUUGACAAAAGAGGCAAUAUUUUGGCCACACUGCAAGACCCUGACUUUGACUGGCCUUACAGUGUACAUGUGAGUGGCACUGGUCAUGUUUUUGUGUGCUCACUUGAAUCCAAUACAGUGGUGCAGAUUGACCAGGAAGGCAGGAAGAAGCUGGCCACAUUGGUCAGGAAAGGAGAUAGCAUCAACAAACCAAUGGCAGUCUUGCAUAGCACCCACACUGGCAGGCUCAUCGUAGGGGGAGAACAAAAUGACAUUCUUGUGAUGGAACUACAGUAAUAAUAAGUGGUUAAUAAAAGAUGUAGAGUGAAUAAAGAUGAACAUGGAUAAUUUGUGGAAAGUGUAUUUGAAUGAAGUUAUUCAAUACCAAUACAUGUAUGUACAAAAUAAUCACAAUGAAGGAUGCCUGGGUUCCUGGUAAAUCCACUACUUCAAAUUUGUUCAAUGGCAACUGUAUUUUGUAUUAGGAAAACAAUUGUUUUACAUUGUAUGCUAUUUGACGUGUGCUUUAAAAUAAAAAUACUAGUACAUAAUA